GGAGGGAGCAUGGGCGUUUCUCCUUCCAGACCGGAAGUGAAGGUGAAGACCGGAAGCGGGAGGAAGGGAGAUUCGAGCUUGAUGGUUUGCAGAAAUGGAGCUGAGUGAGCUACUCUACAAUAAGUCCGAGUACAUCGAGACGGCAUCUGGAAAUAAAGUCAGUCGCCAGUCAGUUCUGUGUGGAAGCCAAAAUAUUGUCCUAAAUGGAAAGACGAUCAUAAUGAAUGAUUGUAUUAUUCGAGGGGAUCUGGCAAAUGUAAGGAUUGGGCGCCACUGUGUUGUGAAAAGCCGCAGUGUCAUAAGGCCACCAUUUAAGAAAUUCAGCAAAGGAGUUGCAUUCUUUCCCCUACACAUUGGUGACCAUGUCUUUAUUGAAGAGGAUUGUGUGGUCAAUGCAGCCCAAAUUGGUUCCUACGUCCACAUAGGCAAGAACUGCGUAAUUGGCCGGCGCUGUGUGUUGAAAGACUGUUGCAAAAUUCUAGACAAUACAGUAUUACCUCCUGAAACUGUAGUCCCACCAUUCACCGUCUUCUCAGGCUGUCCAGGCCUCUUUUCUGGGGAGCUUCCAGAGUGCACCCAGGAGCUGAUGAUUGAUGUCACCAAGAGCUACUACCAGAAGUUCUUGCCACUGACGCAGAAUGUGAAAUGGUGGAAAAGCUUCAGUAGAUGACCAGUUUAAGAAAUUACUUUCAAGCUGUCGGUUACUUCACAUAUGUGGCCCCAACCAGGGUAUAAAAACAAAUCACCAGUGAAGACAUCAAAAAAGCAACCUGCUUAAAACCCUUUAAAUUAGCCAUUCUAACCUCCAACUACCAGCCUACCUGAUUCUCUUGGAGGCUUCUGACUCCAUAGUUCUCAUCACUCACCCAGGUUGAGAGGAUGAGGAAUUGUCAGUUUUCCCUAUUGGAAGUUGUAGGGGGUGGGGGUGGGGAUGGGGGACAGUUGUCUGAUUUUGCUGACUCAGGAAUAUUGGGCUUUACAGACCUUAAUCCCUAAAGCCAUCUUGGAGCUGAUCAGGUCCUUGGGGAAACACUAGUGGCUCUGUGUAAGAGACUUAUUUUCCACUUUGAAAAUAAUAAAUCAACCCUCUAUUGUA